AGGUAUCAGUUUACGUCAGGGAUUACUUGGUUGGGGUGGAAUCAGUCAUCUGUGGGUUUCUAACCUGGACCAAAGGUUAUUUCCUUCUAGGUGUUAUUCAGUGUAAAAUUAGACAGCGUCUUCCUUGAGCUAAGUAUGUACCCGGAUGCUGGCACUUUACAGGGAGCUGUGCUGGCAGUGCAAUCUACAGGACCUGAGAAUUUGAAUGAGUUUAGUGGAAGUUUAAAGAAUUCCCUUACUGUUCAGGGCAGCUAGUGGCAGCUAACCUGAGGGUACAGAGACAUUUUUGUAAAUAAAAUGUUUGCUGUAAUUCUAGGCCUGUCUUGACUCUUAUCAAGAAUGAUUCUAAAGGUGAACACUGUCCUAAGCCUUAGCAGAUCUCAGGUAAUCACCCUCCUGCAAAAUGAGGAGAUGGUGGUCAUCAGGCCACAGGCCUUUAGGUGUGUCAGGAGCUGAUUUCCAAGAUCCCAGUUUCCCCCUGAAAUUCCAGAUUCCUGACAGGAAACCUUGCCUCAAGCUUUGUGGUCUGCUUUAGGCUCUGAUGAGUCAACUGUUGCUGCCAUUUGGAGCUUCAGAGAUUGCCAUAUGCAAUGGACACUGAUCUCAGUUCCCAGGACAGGAAGGACCUGGACAAAUUCAUCAAAUUUUUUGCUUUAAAGACGGUACAAGUAAUUGUCCAGGCCCGACUUGGAGAGAAAAUCUGUACCCGAUCAUCAUCCUCCCCAACAGGCUCUGACUGGUUCAAUUUGGCAAUCAAAGAUAUACCAGAGGUUACCCAUGAAGCAAAGAAAGCCCUGGCAGGACAACUACCUGCUGUUGGACGGUCUAUGUGCGUGGAGAUUUCUCUCAAAACUUCAGAGGGGGACUCCAUGGAGCUGGAAAUUUGGUGUCUAGAAAUGAAUGAAAAGUGUGACAAGGAAAUCAAAGUUUCAUACACUGUAUACAACAGGCUGUCUCUACUGCUGAAGUCUUUGCUUGCUAUAACUAGGGUAACUCCAGCCUACAGACUCUCAAGGAAACAAGGCCAUGAAUAUGUAAUACUGUACAGGAUAUAUUUUGGUGAAGUGCAACUGAGUGGCUUGGGAGAAGGUUUCCAGACAGUCCGUGUUGGGACAGUGGGUACACCAGUGGGCACCAUCACUUUGUCUUGUGCCUACAGAAUCAACCUCGCUUUCAUGUCAACCAGGCAGUUUGAGAGGACCCCUCCUAUCAUGGGGAUUAUCAUUGAUCACUUUGUGGACCGUCCCUAUCCCAGCUCUUCACCCAUGCACCCCUGCAAUUACAGAGCUGGUGAGGACAAUGGGGCAGUAUACCCCUCAGUAGAAGAUUCUCAAGAAGUGUGUACCACAUCUUUUUCCACCUCUCCACCAUCUCAGUGUGUUUUUACUGUCACAAAGGCACAUUUUCAGACCCCUCCUCCUGUGGUGACGGACACCUUGAAGGUCCCAGUGAUGGGACUGGCCUUUUCACAUCAACUUUCCAGCUCUCGUCUUUCCUAUCAGCCUGCUGCCCUGGGAGUUGGAUCAGCUGACAUGGGGUAUCCUGUCCUCUUUGCUGGUGGCUUGAAUGCUGCACACCCUCACCAGUUGAUUGGUCCAAGCAAAGAGGGAGGAGUCCCCCCAAUUCCUAGCCAGCCAGCACAUGGCACCCAAGCUGACCAAGAGAGGAUGUGCACCCCACUGGAUGGAGUCCACUACUCAGCAGCUACUCCUUCUAGUAGCGAGGACACAGAAACGGUAUCAAACAGCAGCGAAGGGAAGUGUGCCUCCCCACAUGACCUUCUGGAGACCAUCUUCAUCCGGAAGGUGGGAGCUUUUGUCAACAAACCCAUUAACCAGGUGACCAUGGCCAACUUAGACAUUCCUUUUGCCAUGUUUGCUCCCAAGAAUGUUGAGCUGGAAGAUAACGACCCCAUGGUCAAUCCUCCUGACUCCCCAGAAACUGAAUCUCCUCUGCAAGGUAGCUUACACUCGGAGGGCUCCAGUGGCAGCAGCACAGGGAACACCCACGAUGACUUUGUCAUGAUUGACUUUAAACCAGCAUUUUCAAAAGAUGACAUUCUUCCAAUGGACCUGGGGACAUUUUACCGUGAGUUUCAGAACCCCCCUCAACUCAGCAGCCUCUCCAUUGAUAUUGGAGCGCAGUCCAUGGCAGAGGAUUUGGUAUGGAACCCUGACAUUUCUGACUCGUUUCCAGGGUCUGUGAGUUCAGCAGAUUCAACAGUUUGAAGUCCAGGACAUCCAUUCCGCGGAACGGGGCAUUUCAUCCUGACUUCAGUCUGAGUGCGUGGAGCCCAGGGAGAGACGUCAGCUUUGGGACCUGUGUAAUACAAGUUACCUUUGUUUUCCUGCUUCUGAGGAACUGGGUCUCUAUGCAGUUGUUUUGCGUGAGGCCGCCUGUUAGGCUGAUAAGCAGGGAUGAAACAACAGAAGCGCUUUCCACAUUUCCUUCCCGAGCGUACUGGCGCUCGGCCACACUGAGUUUACCAGUGUUGACUGUUGGCCAGCCUGCACGUAGCAGCUGUGAUGAUGCUGAAUUCAUAGUCUCUGCUUCUGAAAUGUAACUGUAAAUACUAGGAAUCCUAUUUCUUUAGGGUUACAUAACUAGGAGCCUUAGGCCAAGAUUCUUUCCUCUAACCCUUGCAAACCCUCUGCUUUAUCGUUAAUAGAUGAUCUUAAGAAUCCAGAAAUAUUUAUUGCUUUUAAAGAAACCUAUAUUUAAAAGAUGUUCUGUUUUCAUGUAGUAGUGCGGGUCAUUCUGCCCUGGAUCACUGCAGACAGCAAGUGUGCCAUGGAACCAAGGCCAGUGAGACUGGUCUCUCUUUGCAAGAAAAUAUCCAAGAUAUUUAUUUUCUAAGACAGACUUGAUUAUUCUAAUAUAAUACUCUGUUUUGGGGACUGUGUGUCCAUUACAUCCAGUCAGGGCCCACUGAUGGAAUGAAACACACACAUUGGUGGAGUGGAGUGGCAGGGACUUGGUAAAAAGCUGUAUUCUGAUAGGCGUGGAUGAAUUUGCUUGUGUUCUUCAGCCCUUCAGAAGGCAUCUUCUUUAAAGAAGCACAUUUUUGGGGAGCUUAUGGUACUUUUUAAUCAGCUGGCUUUUGAUUAGCUGAAACUUUAUUUUUGUAAUUAUUUGGCUAUCAACAGCGUGACUGGCUGGUGGUGCUCUGUGGUUGAUUUGGCUGUUGCGUGUCUUUUGCCUGAUGUAACAAUGGGAGGAGAAACAGUGACACUAAACAGAAACUUAGAUAAGGUAGGUCAUCUUGUGGUUCUCUCCUCCUCCCAUGUAUAACUAGAGUGAGCAACUGCAAGACCCUUUACUGUCCCACAACACUUUUUUCUUUUUUUUCUUUCUGUCUCCAGAAGUGGGGUUGUGUUGCCUUCCUACUGAGGAGCAAUCUUAAUUUCCUUAGAGUGGCUGAGUAACUAGCUUUCUUGUAAGUGCAAUGGGGCAGCUUCUUCAACUUUGCUGCAUUCUCAAGUGAAAUAGAUUGCUUGCAGCCGACAGGGGAACCCCACCACUCUACAACACUAUUUCUGUGCGACUGCUAAAGCAAGGAACCAAAUUCCAAAUAGAGCUUAGUGCAAGGUCAGAGCAACACAAGGCUUUGAACUUUACCAGCUUUUUUGUGGAGUGAUUUGUUUGGUGGGAGGCCAUGUGAGGUCUAAAACUAGGUAAGGGAUUUACUGAAGGAAAGUUACCCACCAGACCUUUUUUAGCUUACUCAACCAGUUCAGCUUUUCAGCAGCGUCACACAGAAAUUGCUUAGUCCUUGCAAAAUAAGAUGUGCAAACAUGUAAGAAAGCUUUCAAGAUAAACAGCUCAUGAGGGCUUAAGUUACAUGGGCUUUAACAAAUACUUGAUCCCCACAACCAGAGCCACCUUGUUUUACAGGUGAAAAGUGUCACAGAAGGUUGCAGGAACACAGGGAAUUAAUGGAUCACCUGGCACUCACCUCUGCUUGGGAAGUUGGUCUCUGCCGCUUUGUAGGAAGGUGGUUGCUGUCGCCUUAACAUACAGGCUCUGCUUGGGAAAGUGAUUUCAUCUGGCCUGCAGCACAGCAGAGAUGGGUCACGCUGUGUUCGGGGAAAACAGACUAGGUUGGACUUCAUCAGCCUGCCCCAAAGGGCUCCUGAGCCAAAUCCUUGUGGUCAUGCGUUGAUGCAGUUCCUAACAUGGCUACAGCUCCCACAUCUCAUAAGGCAGACGGUCAGUGUGGCGCGUUUUUUUUUUCUACUUCAAAAGGCUGAAACUUGCCUAUAUAAGCUGCUAGUGUUGAGCUGGAUGGCCAUAGCAAUAAAGAGAUUCUCUAGGGCUGAGUUAUGUGCCUCUUUUCUGGACAUUCCUCAGUUUCAACACCUAGUUGCUACAUCUAGGCUCCAAGUUCCCUGACCACUGCACAAAUGCUCUGCUUCAGGAAAGAUCUAGCUGCUGCUGUGGCCUGCCACAGAUCGUGUUAUGAAGGGUGUUUAGUUUAGCAGCUGUCUGCUCGAAUCUAUAUUAAGUAUGGAUGGAGCUGCUGAUGUACAGAUGCUUUGGGUGAAGGGGAAGGCUCCUAAAUUGUAUUGUUUUGGAAACAGUCUCCAAUGUACUUCAAAUAUUCAAAGAAUUUCCAAUAAAACUUUUACGUAAGCAACA